AUGACCGCCUUUUACAUCUGCAGCAUCCUGCUGCUUCCCAUGCUCUUCAUGGGCAUGAUCCCCUCCGCACGUGCGCAAGAUGCCGCGACGGAGAAGGUCAAGAAUGAAGUCACUGGCCCAGUCAUUGGUAUCGAUCUCGGCACUACCUACUCCUGUGUGGGUAUUAUGAAAGGUGGCAAAGUCGAAAUCCUCGUCAACGACCAAGGAAACCGGAUAACGCCCUCCUGGGUGGCGUGGAACGACGAGGAGAGACUUGUCGGAGACGCAGCCAAGAAUCAAUACGCCGCCAACCCUCACCGCACCGUCUUUGACAUCAAGAGAUUGAUUGGGCGCAAGUUCAACGACAAGGAUGUUCAAAAGGAUAUCAAGCACUUCCCCUUCUCGGUCAUCAACAAGAAUGACCAGCCUCGUGUCAAGGUUGACGUCGGCGGCGAGGACAAGACAUUCACCCCCGAGGAAAUCUCCUCCAUGAUCUUGGGCAAGAUGAAGGAAGUGGCCGAAUCAUACCUUGGCGAGAAAGUUACAAAUGCGGUUGUUACCGUGCCAGCCUACUUCAACGACGCCCAGCGCGCUGCCACCAAGGAUGCCGGUACUAUUGCAGGCCUGAAUGUGCUCCGAGUCGUCAACGAGCCCACCGCUGCCGCUCUCGCAUACGGCCUCGACAAGACCGACCAGGAACGCCAGAUUGUCGUCUACGAUCUCGGUGGUGGUACUUUCGAUGUCUCCAUCCUGACCGUCGAUGAGGGCGUUUUCGAGGUGCUGGCUACUGCCGGUGACACUCAUUUGGGUGGUGAGGAUUUUGACCAGCGUGUGGUCGACCACUUCACCAAGCUGUACAACAAGAAGCACGACACGGACAUCACCAAGAACGCCAAAACCAUGGGCAAGCUGAAGCGCGAGGUCGAGAAGGCGAAGCGCACUCUGUCCAGCCAGAUGAGCACCAAGAUCGAAAUCGAGUCGUUCCACGACGGCCAGGACUUCUCCGAGACUCUGACCCGCGCCAAGUUUGAAGAGCUCAACAACGACCUGUUCAAGAAGACGCUCAAGCCCGUCGAGCAAGUGCUCAAGGACGCCAAGCUCUCCAAGGCCGACAUCCACGACAUCGUUCUCGUCGGUGGCUCCACUCGUAUCCCCAAGGUCCAGGCCAUGCUCGAGGAGUUCUUCGGCAAGAAGGCCAGCAAGGGUAUCAACCCCGACGAGGCCGUCGCUUACGGUGCCGCCGUCCAAGGUGGUGUGCUCUCUGGUGAAGAAGAGGCCAGCGGUGUUGUCCUCAUGGACGUCAACCCUCUCACUCUCGGAAUUGAAACCACCGGCGGCGUCAUGACCACCCUCAUCAAGCGUGGUACUACCAUCCCUACCAAGAAAUCUCAAAUCUUCUCCACGGCCGCCGACAACCAGCCCGUCGUCUUGAUCCAGGUCUUCGAAGGCGAACGAUCAAUGACCAAGGACAACAACCUCCUCGGCAAAUUCGAACUCUCCGGCAUUCCCCCGGCCCCACGAGGCCAGCCGCAAAUCGAAGUCACCUUUGAACUCGACGCCAAUGGAAUCCUGCGUGUCAGCGCCGGCGACAAGGGCACAGGCAAGAGCGAAUCCAUCACCAUCACCAACGACAAAGGCCGCCUGAGCGCCGAAGAAAUUGAGCGCAUGGUGGAGGAAGCAGAGCGCUACGCCGAAGAAGACAAGGCGACGCGCGAACGCGUGGAAGCGCGCAACGGCCUGGAGAACUACGCUUUCGGCCUGAAGAACCAGAUCAACGACGACGAAGGCCUCGGCGGCAAGAUCGACGACGACGACAAGGAGACGCUUCUCGAGGCUGUCAAGGAGGCGCAGGACUGGCUGGAGGAGAACUCGGCUACCGCGCUCACGGAGGACUUUGAGGAGCAGAAGCAGAAGCUGUCGGAUGUUGCUUACCCCAUUACUAGCAAGCUUUAUGCUGGCGGCGCGGGCGGCAUGCCGGAUUAUGGCGAUGAUGAGCCGAGUGGACACGAUGAGUUGUAG